CCCAAACGCUUCUCUUUUCUUCUCUCUUGAUCUCUCUCCUCUAUAUACACACACACAUACAAUAAAUACAUAGAUUUAUUUGAAUACCAUAAAAAGAGAAUUGAUUUAAGCCAUGAGUGAUAUCCAUGAGCUUGGUCAAGAAGGGUUUUUGUGGAAUUCGGAUGACUCGGGCGGUUGCUGCGGAGGAGAAGGAGGGAAACAGCCGCCCGUUCCACCGCCCGAGAAAGGCAAAAAAACGGAUCGGAACAACAAAAAGAGGGCUAAAAUCGGAGUAGAGUCACCGGAUCAUGAGGUGCAUAUAUGGACAGAAAGAGAGAGGAGGAAGAAGAUGAGGAACAUGUUUUCAAACCUACAUGCCUUGCUCCCCCAACUUCCUCCUAAGGCAGACAAGUCCACAAUAGUAGAUGAGGCAGUGAACUAUAUCCAAACCCUUCAACACACUCUCCAAAAGCUCCAAAAGCAAAAGCUGGAGAAGCUCCGAUCUUCUUCUGCUUCAACCGCAACCUUCGCAUAUGAUCCAUCGUCCUCCCCAACGACCAUUAUAACGUCAAACCAAACCCAAUUUCCCGCUGCUGCAGCGGAUUCUUGCACUCGGGAGUCGUUCUUGGCCGAUCAGAUAUCCUCCAAUGCUCACUCAAGUCAGAACCCGAAUCCAUCUUUCACCUGUAACCCGUCUCCUGUCGCGUUCCAGACAUGGACAUCGGCUAAUGUUGUGUUGAAUAUAUGUGGCGACGAAGCACACUUCAGCGUCUGCUGCCCCAAGAACAAGCUAGGGUUCUUCACGACGAUUUGCUACUUGCUGGAGAAGUAUAACAUGGAGGUUGUUUCAGCUCACGUCUCAUCUGAUUUUCACCGAAGCAUCUACAUGAUCCAAGCUCGGGCGAAUAUGAGAUGUGAGAAUCAGUUGGUUGAUAUAUUUGGAACGGAUGAGAUGUUCAAGCAGGUGGCCAGAGAUAUAAUGCUUUGUAUUUCUAAUUGAAUAAAUUCAUUUUAUAAUUUCUGUUUUUUAGAUUUUUUGUUCCCUCUUUUGGGGUUUUCUUUUCUUUCAACUUUUAUUUUCU